UCUUCCUCCUUCGUGAGCAAAAGAGGGAGCGGUAGAAGCUUCAUUCAACAGAGAGGUUCACUAUGGCGAAGCUCUCACUCAAAAUUCUAGGGCUAGCAGCUGAGCUCGCUUUGAGCUCUAUGCUUCAUCUCUUAUAUGGGCUUUAUAUAUUCAGCACCGCCGUUGCCUGGGACCUCUCUAAAGCUCUAACUGAGCUCUAUAGGCCCAACAGUGCAAAAAAUGUGAAAUCUUUAGAUGAUAAUGUGAAGCAGAAGGUGAUAUUGGAUGGUUCGGUGCCCCCAAUUGUGCUUGUUCAUGGAAUCUUUGGAUUUGGGCAAGGGAGGCUUGGGGAUUUGUCUUAUUUCGCUGGCGCAGAGAAGAAAGAUGAGCAUGUUUUAGUCCCUGAUUUGGGUUCUUUGACUAGUAUUCAUGAUAGGGCUAGAGAACUGUUCUAUUAUUUGAAAGGAGGGCAGGUUGAUUAUGGAGAGGAGCACAGUAGAAUCUAUGGGCAUUCGCAAUUCGGGAGGAAAUAUGAGCAAGGGCAUUACCCAAUUUGGGAUGAACGGCAUCCAAUCCAUUUCGUUGGUCACUCUGCCGGAGCUCAGGUUGUGAGGGUUCUGCAGCAAAUGCUAGCUGAUAAGGCUUUCAAAGGCUAUGAGAACACCUCUGAAGACUGGGUACUAAGUCUUACCUCCUUGUCAGGAGCUCUCAAUGGAACAACAAGAGCCUAUAUCGAUGGAAUGCGGCCAGUAGAUGGAACAUCCAUGAAAUCAAUAUGUCUCCUUCAACUCUGCAGAUUAGGAGUCACAUUUUACGAUUGGUUUAACAUCCCAUUUGUAAAAAAUUACUACAAUUUUGGGUUCGAUCAUUUUGAGAUGGAAUGGAGAAAAACUGGCAUCUCAGGCCUCAUCGAUCUUUUAUUAGGAAAUACAGGUCCAUUUGCUACUGGAGAUUGGAUCCUACCUGAUUUAACAAUCCAAGGCUCAAUCAAGAUCAAUUCGACUCUCCAAACUUUUCCAAAUACAUAUUACUUCAGUUAUGCAACCAAGAUGACAAGGAGUAUAAUGGGAGUAACAGUGCCUUUGAGUGUGCUUAGAGUUCAUCCGUUGUUGCUUUUGAGAGUUCUUCAGAUAUGUCAGUUUCGAUUUCCUUCAGAGCUGAACCUGCCCUAUAAAGGGUACAGAGAUGAAGAUUGGGAAGACAAUGAUGGAGCUUUGAAUACAUUAUCGAUGACACAUCCUCGAUUUCCUGUAGAGCAUCCGAGCCGUUUGGUAUUGGAUGAUUCAGAAUGCCAUCCAAUGCAACCUGGAAUCUGGUACUAUAAAAUAAUUGAAGCAGAUCACAUGUUUUUCAUUGUGAAUAGAGAGAGAGCAGGAGUUCAAUUUGAUCUCAUGUACGAUAGUAUUUUCCAGCGAUGCAGAAAGCAUGUAUUCAGGUCUAGACCGCCACCAACAUUACCCAAUGUAUCGACAACAGAGGAGAACUUAUUGUAGAAUAGGAGCAUAUUGAUUCUUUUCUGCUUAUUUUCUCUCUUCAAGCUGGAUUGUAAAUCACAAUUGAUACCAAUGAGAGCUUAACGAGAGAAAUUUGUAGAGAUUUUACUUGUACAUGGAAAAUAUCGUUAGCUUCAAAGAUAAUUCUGAAACAAGGGAUUUUGAUAGUAAAUGAUGUACACCACUUUGUUUGUGAGGUCUAAAUGAGACUACAAUUUGUUAUAAACCAAGUGUACGCAGAAGACUCUAAAACAGUUGUGUAGCUGCCCAA